UUGCAGCACUUGACAGUUAACCCAAAGAACUUUCUGAAACAGAUGGUCUUGCCUAUACAGAGCUCUGAUCUCAACAUCAUGAAGUCAAUCUGGGAUUACACAAAAGGAGACAGAAGACAGUGAGAGAGCCUGAAUCCACAGAAAAAACAAUGGCAAAUUCUCCAAGAUGCUUGGAACAACCUACCUGCGUCAACUGAAAAAGAACUGGUGCUUUUAUAAAGGCAAAGGGCAGUCACAUUCUCUCAAAGGACAGGAAGUGAUGCUUCGCUGGGUCUUGCUUGCUUUGUUCUUUGGUAUCUGUGCAAGUGCCGGAGACCAAAAAAAAAAGAAAGAGAAGCUCCAGUCCCUGUCAAGAGGAUGGGGGGAUAAUAUUAGUUGGGUCAAAAGUUAUGAAGAGGGCCUGUCAAAGAUGGUCAAUAGUCAGAAGCCUCUGAUGGUCAUCCAUCAUCGAGACGACUGCCCGUACAGUCAAGCACUGAAGAAGGCGUUUGUUGCUGAAAAGUCCAUCCAGAAAAUGGCCAAAGAGGAUUUCAUCAUGCUCAACUUGGUGGAAGACAGCAACGACAAGCAUCAGGCACCUGACGGAUACUACGUUCCUCGAAUACUCUUUGUUGAUCCGACCAUGACUGUGCGCGCAGACAUUGCAGGAAAGUACAGCAACCACCUCUACACUUACACGCCUGAUGACAUGGAACAUCUGGCCAAAAACAUGAAGAAAGCCAAAGUCCUGCUGCACGCUGAGCUCUAGCAUGACUCUGACGUCCGACGUCUCUCCAUCCUCCAGUCAUGCUGGGCUGCCUGCUACGUGUCAGCACUCAAAUGUUUACACACUGCUCAGUGAUCAAUAAAACUAAAAUAAAUGAUCAGGAAGUGAAGCGUAUAAGCGUAG